GUUGUUGAAAUUGUGGACAGGUACGACAUUGAAUGUAUACCUGAAGAACUUAGAAGUAACAAGCUUUUGUAUAUCACUGAUGACUCAAUAUCCAAAAACUGUUCAAGGUUCUUGAAGUUUACAGGAGCGACAGAGGAGGGAGGCGGUGCAAGUCUAACUCGAAAGAGAGAAGGCAAAGGUAGAGGCAGCAGAGAAGCCAAAAUCUGCAACCGGAGGAAGAAACGAUGUGGCUGGGUUCAACAGCGGUGUGGCGAGAAAGGCUGCAUUGAAGAUGGCAAGGAUAGAGAUGCAGAGGCAGUGACAAGGACAUAUACACGAUUGACGAUUAUUACAAGAAGGAAGAGAUGGAGGUAGAGGGUGGAGGCAAAGGGGGAGACAGAGAAGGCAUCUGAAAAUAUGAGGGCUAAUUUUUGAAAUCAUGAAAAUAAAUUGAGGACAAAGAUGGAAAAUUUGUCUUUGAAGUACUGUCCCCACGUCUAAAAUUGUGUCUCAACAUUUUGGCUGCACAAAGAUUAAUAAGAAAAAUGAAAAAGUAGAAUUUUAUUUUUAAAAAAGGAAUGGUGGGAGGAAGGAGGAAGAAGAGAGGCGGAGCCACGAAGGUGGAGACACGGUGCCAGAUCUGGAGGGAAGAGGAAAGUGGGCUAAGGCAAAGAGGAAGAAGAAAAGGCAGAUGCAGAGAAGAGGGAGGUGGCAAUUGUGAUGGUGAUGGAGGUGAGGCUGUCUCUAUGAAGAAGAAGAUUGGAGAAGAAGAUGAUGUUAUGAAGAGGAAGGUACCUAAGUCAAUGAGAGCACCAAUUUAUAUCUAUUAUCAGCUGGAUAACUAUUACCAGAACCACCGUCGGUAUGUCAAAAGUAGAAAUGAUAAGCAACUGCUACAUGGACUUGGAGACAAUAGCACCAGUUCUUGUAAACCUUUAGAGUCCUCUGGUGAUCUUCCAAUUGUACCUUGUGGGUUGAUUGCAUGGAGUGUGUUCAAUGAUACAUUUAAGUUCAGCAGUGGGUCAUCAGAGUUGAAAGUCAAUAGGAAGAACAUUGCAUGGAAGAGUGAUCGCAAUCACAAAUUUGGAAAAGACGUUUAUCCAUUUAAUUUUCAGAAUGGGCCCUUGAUUGGGGGUGGAAAACUGGAUCCAAAUACUCCUCUUAGUGACCAAGAAGAUCUCAUAGUUUGGAUGCGGACUGCUGCACUCCCCAGCUUCCGGAAGUUGUAUGGUAGAAUUGAAGAGGAUUUGGAUGCAGAUGAUGUUAUAGUAGUCCAGCUAAUGAAUAAUUAUAACGCAUACAGUUUUGGUGGGAAGAAGAAACUUGUUCUGUCAACAUCAAGCUGGCUAGGUGGGAAGAAUGACUUCUUUGGAGUUGCUAGUUUAUUUAUCGGCACCUUUUGUAUGUUGAUCUCCAUUGUCUUCCUGUUGCUUCAUGUGAAAAAUCCUAGUUUUCAAAUUACUAGUAUCAAUAAACAACAGUGUGCCAUCAAUGUAUUAAUCAAGACCUUAUGGAGACGCAAUGUACACAUCUUGGAACAAGAAAAGCAGUUCCAGCUGAUAAGGCACACUUAUUCGAGAUAGGUACUAUUUUUCCUAAAGGAUGACUAUACUAUAUGCCGGAGUGCAAUAACGAUCUCGAGAUUUCUAUCUGUUCAUGUUGAAUUUUAUUGAAAUGUUAACAUUCUUUUGGUUGAAUCAAAUUUUUAAGAGAAAGAUAAAUUGAAAUAGAGAGGGUAUUCAGUAGAUGAUAAACUUAAGAGAAAAAGUGAAAAACACUGGGUUAUAUUACUCUUCAUCAAAAUGCCCAUGUCUUACUUAAAAAAGUAAUUAUAUUCA